AGAGAAAGAGCAGCUGGUCGGAAAAGAAGGGCGGCGAAAAGGCGCAGGCUCGGGCCGGGUCAGCCAUUCGUUUAGCACCGGCUUCAUUUUUGCGAAGCUGAGCGGUGUGUGCAGCAAACUCUGCAGGGGCUCGAUCUUAAAUAUACAUAAAUUAUUCAGAGAGGGGGUACACUGUGCAGAGGAGGUACGCCUAUAGCUGUGUGUAUACGUGUCCGUGGGUGCAAUGCAAUCAAAGAAUCAUUCGUAGAUCGGUGUUGUGAUUAAUAUCAUACCGAAGAAGAAUUUUCCUGAGUGUCCAGGACCGUCACAGCUCUCUUCUCUGUUCGCGCUGUCCCAGGGGAACGGCUUCGAAGCGGAAGCUUCGCAUUAUAUAAUUUUCGGGAUUUUCUUGAGAAACAUUAUGUAUUUUACUCGAAAACGAAAUUUACCAAUUUGCCUGUAUAGUAUGAACCGAGAGGCGGGUUAUCAUAAGUCAUGUAAAAAUACGCUCUGGGGAAAAAUCUAAUGACAGUCGAGCUCUUCCUUAUUCCGAGCGUUUUCAGCUGCAGGCAGCUCAGAAACAUUUCUCAUAGUUGUCUUCCUUGAAUUUCCCAGGAGUAAUGUCACUGCGUGUAGAUAAUAGCCUCGGGAGAAUCCUGGGAGUCACGGAGAUACGAGAGAGAGUGAGUGAGUGCGAGAGAGCGAUACUCUCGCGGGUCUUUCGUUCUUACGCCGAGUGGGAAAUGGACGGGAGAUAUUUUCACGUUAACUUUCCGGACGACACGCGGCAAGGAGUUCCAAGGCUGAGGGAAUAGAUAAAAAAGAGAGACGCAAGGCAAGAACGUACGCACGUACAAGCGUCAACUCAUCUAUGAAGCGGGUCGGAUUUAUUCGGUAAAUAUAUGUAUAUAUCUUUCAGCGAGAAAAAAAGCAGACAGAAAUAUCGCUAGUUCUUGAGCAGCAGAUUUUCGUAUGUGAGCGUACACGAAGGUUCCUAGAAGAUGGUGCGUCCGGAGUGACUGCUUCUCGAGAAGCGACGCUCCUUCAGGCAAUCGUAUUCAUAAGUUUGGCAGUGAGAGAGGUUCUGUGCAUUGAUUCGCGUGAUGAGCGUCAAGUUUCGCGCGGGCCAUUCAAAAGUGUAACGGGAGUGAAGUGACGUCCGAGGGACAUAGGAGCUGGAACGAUAAUUGAAAGAGAAACGACGCCGAGCGUCGAAUUUACGAAAAGCAUCGCGAACGCAAGAAUGAGAACUCGAGGGCACGAGGAUCAGCGAAGCUAGCGGAAUCCCGGAGCUUCCUGGCCAGGAAUGGAGAGUCCGUUGGAAGCGGAAAUCGAGCCUGUUGGCGGAAGUGGCCAGGAAGUAGUAGAGUUUAAGAAGGAAAAUGGUGAAUUUGUGGAGACAGUUCGAGAAGGAGAGGAGACAGAGAGACAGGAGAAUGACGAGAGAACGAAGGAAGAGACUGCGGAGAGCUCGGAGAGCGAAGCGGAAAUGGAACCAGCGAGGAGCUUUCACCGGAAGCUCAGUACCAACAGGGAUAUCAAAAAUACGUCCUGUUGCACGAAGGAGGGUUACCUGAUGAAGCAGACCUGGUCGUUUCAGCGCUGGCGUCGAAGAUACUUCAAGCUGAAAGACCACACGCUCUACUACGCUAAAGAUACCAAGGCAGCCAUCUUCGACGAGAUCGAGCUGAUCGACCUGACGUUUGCGGAAUGCAGCAUUAAGAACGUGAACCAUAGCUUUCAGGUGAUAACUCCAUUCCGGUCGCUAGUCCUCUGUGGGGAAAGCAGACAAGAUAUGGAGGAGUGGCUCGGUGCUCUGAGAACUGCCAGCGAAGGUCGUUCUCAGGGAGAUCCUGGAACAGCAGAAUUACUUGGAGGAAAUCACCAUUGGUAUGCCACAAGUCACGCAAGACCAACCUAUUGCAAUGUCUGCAGGGAUGCUCUUUACGGGGUCACUUCGCAUGGCUUGAGCUGUGAGGUGUGCAAAUACAAGGUGCAUAAAAGAUGCAGCGCCAAAGCAAUAAAUAACUGCAAGUGGACCACAUUAGCAUCAAUUGGCAAAGACAUUAUCGAAGACCAAGAUGGGAAUAUCACAAUGCCACACCAAUGGAUGGAAGGUAAUUUGCCGGUCUCCUCCAAGUGUUUUGUCUGCGACAAAACUUGUGGCUCUGUACUCAGACUUCAAGACUGGAGAUGCUUGUGGUGUAGAGCCACAGUUCACACAGCCUGUAGACCAGCCAUAAGUGUACAGUGUCCCUUAGGACCAGCUAAAGUCAGUGUAGUGCCUCCUACAGCGUUACAUAGUAUAGGUAGUGACGAAGCUUGGGAAGCGGUGAGACCGACCGGGUGUAGUCCACUCUUAGUAUUCGUGAACAGUAAAUCUGGUGACAAUCAAGGAAUAAAGUUUCUUAGACGAUUUAAGCAAUUGCUGAAUCCGGCACAAGUAUUUGAUCUGAUAAAUGGAGGGCCAGGCCCAGGGCUAAGACUGUUUCGGCACUUCGACCCGUUCCGGAUUCUGGUGUGCAGUGGAGAUGGAUCUGUCGGUUGGGUCCUUUCGGAGAUCGAUCGGUUAGGAAUGCACAAGCAAUGCCAGGUGGGCGUGUUGCCCCUGGGAACGGGAAACGAUCUCGCCCGAGUCCUGGGAUGGGGUGCAUCCUGCGACGACGACACCCAUCUACCUCAACUUUUGGAGAAGUACGAGAAGGCUGGUACAAAGAUGCUGGACCGCUGGAGCAUCAUGACGUUCGAGCGCAGCAUAUCCUUGCCCUGUCCAAAGAUGUCGCUUAGUCAAACGGAUCCAGCGCUGAACAGCACAAUGGUUCAUCAGUACGAGGACAAUGUUCUCUCUCACAUAGCCAACAUCCUGCAGGCUGAUCAAGACAGCAUAAUCUCGAGCGCCAAAGUUCUCUGCGAAACCGUUAAGGAUUUCGCGACACGAAUUCUCGACGCCAGUAUGAGCACGGAGGACCAACAACUCAGCGAGAAGUGUGACGUACUUCAGCAAAAAUUGGAUCUACUCUUGCAGACGCUUUACAGUGAGGAUAAUUACCUAUGGGACAAUAUGGAGCCUUCGAGAAAGCUAUCCAUGUCGGCGGUGGAGCAGGAGAAGGGAGCCUUGGAGAAGCCAGAGAAAGACAUGACAAAUUUGAGAAAAGUUCGCCGAAACAGAGAAUCCAUCAAACGCGAAGCAAUAAUAUCAAGAGCAAACAGUCUAAAAAGAGCCAUCAGACGAUUGGUGGAGCACACCGAUUUAGCCGUGAAUGAGCAAAGUAAUUCUCCUGACACUAAGGCAAUAAACAGGAUGCCCAAUAUAAUGGUCACGUCCGAGGAUGGUAUCAUGGCUAAUGAGUACUUUGUUAAAAAUAAAAAAGAACGGCUGGACAUUCCUGGAUUACGAUCAAACAACAUAGAUAGCCUACAAGUAAUGCCAACGAUAGAAUCCACGAGCGUUUACCACUCGUCGCCGUGUCCUAGUCCAACGCCCAAUCUCGCGUCGCUCAGCCCGAUGCCGGAUUUAAGGAGGGAUUCCCAAGCUGAAGAAAUGUUGACGUUACCAGCACCAGAUGGUUUCGCUGAUAGUAGGCGAAACAGUUCGAACUUGCCGCAGGGGGUUUUCAGUUUUGAUGCUCCAGUGAUUGAGGCGACGAUAAAGAAACUUAGUGAAGAGGAGGAAAAAGCCAGGGAUGCUUCUAAUGACGAACAGAUCAACGAACAUACCCCGGUCGAAACACCGUCGGAUAUCCAAGUAACAGUGACCAGCACAACAUUAGACACCAGCUCACCUUCAGAUGAUACUACUAUUCAGGAUACGAUGAUCUCGCCCGAUACAGAUUCUGCAAAUUCACGAAAUAUCUCACCGGAAAGCAUGCGCAAGUCCGAAAACAGCAAGAUGGACACUUCUCGUGGAAGUUGCAGCAACAGCAUAGUGAGUUCAGACAGCUUGGAUUCGCGAAGCUUCACGGUGAAAAACAGCGAGAGUGAGAUUGGACACAUAGACAGCGAUAUCCUUGAUACUACUAAGCAUUCCGACAGCUCUGAAAUUGGACAUAUAGACUCACCUGAGAAUUCGGAUAUGUGCACCAGCGAGAUUCAGAAUUCCGAGAGUAUAAUCGACGACCUGAGUUCUCUCGGGCAGGAUCUAAUUAGCGCGAUGCUCGGAGAAAAAUAUGACUCCGUAAGAGAAUGUCUCAAAUCGGAACAGUUGGAGAAACCGCAAAAAUAUUGUAGUUUGGCGCAAUUCGUGGAAGGGAAUGACAUAGCCAGGAGAUCUUUUAAAAGAUCAUCGAGCAAUGCAAAUAAGAUCGACAAAGAGGUGAUGUCUAAAACGAAAAUAGCCGAAUCGACGACAGACCUGGUGGAAACGGUCAAUAUGGCAGAUUCGAAAAUGCCACAAGCAACGACUUUCAAGGCUCGGGAAAGUGAGAAAACUUCGGAUUUAUUGAGUCCAGUUUGCUGCUUCACAGUAGCUUCGCAAUACUCCGCUACGAAUGAAGAGUUACCCCCAAAAUUUCCUCCUACGAUAAGCGUUAUCGUCGACCCACCCAGCCCUUCAAUGUCUAUCGAAAGUCAUCAUGAGCCUGAUAUCGGUUAUGCAGUAAAUUCUCACCUGAGAAGAUACAGUGGUGAUAGCAUGGAAAAAUUGAGUGUCGAACUACCAGAAAUGGGCUGUUCUCCACAAGCGACCAGACGUAUCAGCAGUGGCAGUUUGUUGAAAGCUUCUGAGGUCGUUUCCCUAGCAGCUAGUGCAGCCAGGUUCGGAGGAUCCAGUUUGAGUUUGCGACACGAACGAGCAAAAUCCGUGGACAAGACUGAAGACGUGAAGAAACUUCCAAUAAUCAAUCCCUUAGUUCAACUCCCAAUGUGGCCAAAUGUGGGUGGAGGUGCUGGUUUAAUCAGUAAAGCAUUGCUGGCCAAUGCGGAUGCCCUCUGUGCUGCUGUUUCCCCUUUAAUGGAUCCGGAUGAAACUUUAAUGGAGGGCUAUUAUGAACGCUGUGUAAUGAACAACUACUUUGGCAUCGGCAUAGACGCAAAAAUCAGCCUUGAUUUUCAUCAUAAGCGCGAGGAACACCCUGAGAAGUGUCGCUCAAGGGCUAAGAAUUACAUGUGGUAUGGUGUUCUUGGCUCUAAACAAUGGCUACAGAAAACUUAUAAGAAUCUGGAGCAGCGAGUUCAACUAGAGUGUGAUGGACAGAGGAUACCACUGCCCUCUUUACAAGGAAUAGUAGUUCUUAACAUUCCUAGUUUCAUGGGUGGCACAAAUUUCUGGGGUGGCACCAAGGAGGGUGACCUUUUCUUAGCACCGUCAUUCGACGACCGCAUUCUGGAAGUCGUGGCUGUCUUCGGGUCAGUUCAGAUGGCUGCAUCGAGACUCAUUAAUUUGCAACAUCACAGAAUAGCACAGUGUCAGACUAUUCAGAUAAACAUCUUAGGAGAUGAGGGAGUGCCUAUUCAGGUCGAUGGGGAGGCUUGGAUUCAACCACCAGGAGUCAUCAGGAUCAUUCACAAGAAUCGGAUGCAGAUGCUUUACAGAAACAGGGCCCUGGAAACUUCCCUGAAGACUUGGGAAGAGAAACAACGAAGCACAAUUGCAACAUCCUCCCAGUCUACUUCGACCCUGAGCAACACGUCUCAGUCGCAUUCGCGUAGUCAAUUGCAGCUGGAUGGAAAGUCAUCGCAUCUGACCGAAGAGGAGCUCAACGUUCUUUUGACAUUUAUAGAGGUUGUGACGACACUUGUAAAGUGGGUGAAACUCUUAAUAAUAUCACAUCCAAGUCUGGAGCCGGAACUAUAUCAGAUCGCGUGCAGAACGGGCAUUUUACUUGAAAAUGUUCAUCCAGAUGGGAAAAUUUUGCAAGGGCCAAGUCUAAGACCGGUAGUGACAGAACUGGUGUCAAACGCGAGGCAGCUCUAUGAGGAAUCCUGCGAAUUGCUCAGGGAUAAGGCACACAAUUUGAGGCUACGAGAAGAUCUGGAAAACAAAUUGUCAGUUUCCUUGGCUGCAAUGGAGCAGGAACUAAGAAAAUGUAUCUUCGACGAGGGUGGAACAGGGCUUGUCUACCUACAGAAUAUCCCACCCGACGAUCAGGGCGAUAAAAAGAAUCGUCAUCGCGGCUUGUUCUGGUUAAAGUUCCGGCGAUUAGCAGCGACAGCCGGAAAUCAUCCAGCGAGGGACCAAGUGACGAACUGGGGCGUUCCCGAGGUCUGCUCCUGGUUGGAAAAUCUUCAGCUGGCUGAAUACAUUGAGCAAUUCGUGUCGCAUGACAUUCGCGGCAGGGAACUGCUCACUCUGGCCAGAAGAGAUCUCAAAGAACUAGGAAUCACGAAAGUGGGCCACGUGAAGCGCAUACUUCAGGCCAUACAUGAUCUUAACAAUUAAGAGAGAAGAGAGACAGAGAAGCAAAGAAGAGAAAAAAAAAGCAAUUCAGCAUGGGGUAAGAAAGAGAAAAUCACUACCCUUCACUCUCGGCGAUCUUCGUCAGGGCAAUAAAGCGCAAAUCCUUACGUACAAAUUGUUGUGUAAUGGAAGAAAACGAAACAAGGAAGAAAACGUAAACGCGUUUCCGAUUUGAAACGAUACGUUUUUCCUCGAUAUUCCAUUCUUUAAAAGAAGUAAAUCUAACCGGUACGUCUUACGCGUGUGUUACUCAUGCGAUUUCUUUCCAAUUGCUUUUGAGGAUUCAAGGAAGAUUUUAUUCUAAGUGGAAGGGCUCUUGUGGACGUUGUCCAAAUAUCCGGUUGCGUUGUGCGCUCAAUUGAGUCAUAUCCGGCUGGUACGUAGUUAGAUAGAUUGAGACGCGGAGCACUCAACGGAACCAUGCUGAACAAAAUUCUAUCAUACAGAUUUUUAUCAGAUAAGAAUGUUGUGCCAGAAUUGAAAACCGGUGUGGAAUUUAAUCGUCUUAAUGCGUAAUCACAUGUACGUUGAUCUCAAAACUACGUUUUAGGUAGAAUCUCGAGUGUCGAGCACGUCUUCGUGCUGUUCUUUAAUUCUUUUGUAUUACUUAUUUUCUUUAUCGUUUCCUUAUUUCCUCUUUCUUUUCAAUUGGACUUUUGUCUCCUCGAAGUCGAGACUCUUCUAUGAAAUUUAAUUUAAACUAAUAACUAAAACAUAACCUCGAAUCUUCCCGACUUGUAUCAUAAGCUCUUCGUAUGUUAAAUGCUAUUAAUAACUAGUUUUUAAGUAUUUAAGUAUUUCUUCGUUUCUCUUAGGAGUUUCAAUUUAAAAGAGUCAUCUUAAGAGACACUGAUUAAACACUUUCCUCUACGUCUUACGUAGUGUCUUGUUCUAGGUCGUGCCAAGUCGGCAUUUCCAGUACGUUGUCUCAAUCUAGAGUCGAGUGAACUAUAUCAAAGCCAGCUGUCACUGGCGUGAGGUAAAUAGGAAAGAGGAGAUAAAGAUAAAUGAAAAGACUCUCUAGAUACUUGAUACUACUGAGAAACGUCAACUGUGCACGAAGGUUGUUAUAGCUCUUAGCCUUUUUUACAAACUCUAGUAUUGUAAUUCCUAGCGUUAUACGUAACAUACAUACUAUACUAGUAUUUAUCUAUGGAUAUUUAGAGUGUAAGUACGUUCAAAAGGAUAUUUGUAAGGAAUCUUUCAGGGCGUGCGGUAUGAAUUCAACUAAGAAUUCAAGUCAUAAUGUCAUAGUGUCACAAACCAAAGACGAAUGAGCAAUCAAAUGACGGCGCAAUAAAGUCAGUAUUUUUGUCGAUGUCGUCGAGGCGCUUCGACGACGACAAGUGCGUUCGCGUUAAUCGUAGCUAGCAAAGGAAGGAAAGAGUGAAAGCAAGAAAAUUAGCAGCAAGAGAAUAAAAGGAACAAGAAGAUAACAGUAAUUUGCCUUGAACGAGUUUAAUGAACGACUCUCGUGUUAAGCGUUCUUUUUUGACGUAUCGUUACUAAGCAAUCGCGAGGAAAUUAAUGAAAACCGUUUAUAUGAAACGAAAAGCAUAGGAUGGCUAAGAGGUGAACAUGUUCCGCGUUAUUCGUCCAACGAAUUUACGGGAAUCUGAUCGUUGAAUUAUUCGUAGCAUUUAUUCCUUUUUUCUUCUUCCUUCUCCGUCUUAACAGACAGAGGACAUUUGGUCAAAGGUCAUGAGCGAUAGAGAAAGUUAAAGAUAGGGAUGAUUGUAAAGCUCCCUCGGACGACUGAGAUAGUAGAAGGAAGCUAGAUCAGUUCUCGAGUCGUAAGACUAGAUAGAAUUAUAAUAAUACGUAUAAUCGAAUUAUUCAAGAUGGUGAAGGAAGCGCGAGUCGCGAACCAAAGGGAUGAUGAUCGUAGCCAGUGAUUUUUCUCGAUCGAAUCGUUAACUUAUAAUUAAUAAAGGAGGAUUGCCUAUAUCUCUUAUAGGUGAUACUCUGAUUAAAUGUAUUAUAUCUUCCAAGUUGUAACGAGUGUCCUGCUCCUAAUCUUGGAGCAGGGAGACACUUACUAAAGAUAAUUCCCAAGAUGGUAGACAGCACUGCUCUACCUACUACAUCUCACUUGCUCUAUUUACUCGGUCCUUUACCCGCGACUCUCCCUUCUACGUCUCUCUUUCUCCUCUUCGCUAUUUCGCUGUACAUUCAAGUCAGGGAGAGCGAAGCACACACUCUUCAAAGAGUGUAUCGCGAUUCCAACAGUCUCCUCUUGAAUCUGUGAUAACUUAUACUUAGUUGACUCGAGUCUAUACUUAUAACGGAAUGGGAGGGAGGAUAAAGAGUCAGCGAUAAGGAAAGAAAGCAAAGCUUUGGAGAUAAUAAAUUGACGCGAUGGGAAAAUAAGGGAGAGAAAAGAGGAAGAGGGAACGAAAGGGAAUGCCUCUUGCCUUCACUAUUUUAGUACUAUGUAAUCUUGAAUACUAAAUCUCUACAGGUAUUCCACGCGAGCCGCGGACGCCAUUGAUUCAAAUUGAUGGUGAUAUUUUUGAAGAAAAUAAAAAACGAGAGAAAGACGGUUCGACGCAAAUAUCCAUCACUCUCCUCAGACUGAUCGUAUUUCACUUACAAAUAAUUUACGUAUAAAUAUAAGCUUACGUAUAAAGAAAAGCAAUGGCUUGUUCCGUAUCUCAUAGCUCGGACUCAACCUUCUUACCUUAUUACUUAGCGAUACGUCUUACCGUACUGUUCGUACCAAUAUUUAGAGACAGUCUGUAUAGGCAACCGUAUUAAUAUUAUAAUAUUCAAGUGGACCCUUAUCCGCGAAACAGAAACGAAACUGCGAAGUGUACGAGUAAAAAAAACGAAUGUUUCCAAUUACGAUAAUUACAAAGUCUGAUUAACGGGAACGAAGGAAUUCUUUAACGCGCAUUUUUGAAGCCACUAAUAAUCCAUCGAUCGAGAUCUGCCUUUUUACCUUCUUACUUUCUCUUCUUAUUUCCUAACAAUAAUUGCCUAACAAUGCCAUCACUUUCCUCCGUUCUAUAUAUUCAAAAGACACAGAGUAACAAAGACGCUAAUGUCUCACUUGCCACUUCUAUUUGUUAGGUGUAUUUGAUUACGCCCCCUAGAGGGACUUUCAAUAUUCAAAAAUUUUUAAGUACUAUAAAAGAUAGGAUGAGCAGCCAUCACGUCGAUUCAUUCCAGAAGUAGCUAAAUAUCGAAUCCGUAAGUACAUUGAGAAUAAAUAUCGAAAGAGAAGAAGCAAGCACCUAGCGAAGUAGCAUGAUUAUCACCUUAAAAGAAAUAGCUGAUACGAGUUAAUAAUUUACAUUUGAAAAUUCUGUGAUAAAUAUUUAAAAUAUAUAUACAUAAUAUGUAUUACGUAGGCAGCUGAAUAUUGUUCGUCGUUAGACACUUGUGUUAAAUAACGAAAUGGCAUCGCGGUUUCGUACGUCGUCUUACAGCUGACUACUGCUGACAAUGUGAAUCCCUAUACCCAACACGUCUCUCUCUGAAUUACUUGUUAAGUUGCGUUGUCUUCAUUGAUCGAUUGUGACGCGUUUGCAUUUGUAACCGAUCGUGAUCACAUAAGAAUAUCGUAUGAAAUAUAUUCUAUUCGCGAGAUAACACUGUUCACAAGUGGAAAGAGAACAUCCACAUCGCGAAAUUCACGAUUUUUGGGUCCAAUGAAAAAGAAAUUGUGUAAGUUUUUGUUUUUGGGCUUUGGCCAUUUCCCUAUUUUACGUAUUAAUUGGAAACUCUCUUAUCCGACAACCCUUGCAUCCCGGUAUUUAUCCUUCGAGUUUCAGUUUAUUGUGUGCUCUGAGUGCGAUAUGUGAUUAUCUCAUAUUUAUUUAUUUAUCCUUGAUACAUUACCACUCUGUAUUUUAGCUACUAUUCUUUAUUUCCAUUAUGGAACCUCGGCGCAAAACGAAAUUAUUAUUCAAUGCAAUGGGGGAACCAUUGUUUCUCAAUGUAUUCAAACAACGUUGACUUAUAAUAAACUUGAAUUUUUAAGCUGAAA